AUGAUAAUUCAUGAAAAUCUUUAUGAAUUAUCAAAUGAAUAUUUAACUGUUCAAUUUAAUUUAUCUAAUGGACAAAUCAUAUCAUUAAAUUAUAAAUCACAAUUAAUAACAAUCAAAAAUGAAACAAGUUUAAUUUAUCUUAAUAAUAUUUCUCUUGAUUGUUCACAAUUAAUUGAUUAUAAACAAAAUAUAAAUUCAAUUAAUUUUACAUAUUCUUGUUUAAAUUAUGAAUUAACAACAGUUUAUACACUUCAAUCUCAAUGGGAAUUUGUUGAAAAACAAAUUUAUUUUACAAAUAUUAAUAAUGAAACAAUAACAUCACUUCAAACAACAUUUACUAUUCUCAAUUUAAAUAUUUCAUCAGUUUCGAUUAUACAAAAUCGACAAGAUUUAAAUAAACAACAUACAAUUUUUUUACGAUCAAAUUCUAGUUCUACAUUAGGAAUAUUUGCAACAUGGCAAAAUCCAUUUGGUCAAUAUAUAAUUACGUCAAAUAAUCAAACAAUAAUAAGUUCAUAUAAUAUAGGUAUGAAUACAUCAUAUUUAAGUGAAGGUUUUCUUAUUGGUUUCUAUCAAUUAUCAUCUUAUUGGCAUACGAGUAAUAUAAAUUAUAAUGAAAGAAAAGCUUAUGAAAAAGCUACAACAUUCUUCUAUCCUGUUCCACAACGUCAACGAUCAAUAAAACAUGCUGUUGGUUGGGAUAGUAAUGAUUAUCAAAUUGAUAUAUCAACUCAACAUGGUAUUGAUGAAUAUAAACGUUUAAUUGAUCGUUGUUCACAAUUAGGUAUUAAAAGUAUAACAUUUGCACCAUCAAAUGGAAAUGUAUCAAGUCGUGAAGAAGCUUCAGAUGCUUGGGGAUGGGAAAGUGUUUUAUUUCUAUCAUUAGGUGAACAAAUUCGUUUAGAACAAUGGAAACCAUAUCGUAAUCCAGUACCUGAAACAAUUCAACAAAUGUUAGAUUAUGCUGAAUUUAAACAAAUUAAAUUAGUUCCAUAUGUUUAUCCACCAUUAGAUUAUCAAUUAAAAGGAAAAGAUCAAGCAUGGUUAUAUCCAAGUUCAUCAUGUAAAACUGUUUGUUCUUCAUUAGCAAGUAUAGAAUUUCAACAAUAUUUUUUACAAUUAUUAAUUGAUUUUACACAAGUAACAGGUAAUAUAUAUAUAAUAUUCUUUCUUCGAACAUUAAUUCUAAUGUUUAUAGGUAUUGGUGGCUAUGCAUGGGAUUAUAAUUUUUUCUAUGAUAUGCAUCAUACAGAAUAUAGUCAAUGGCGUGGUUGGCAAUGGAUUCGUACGGAAUUACUACUUGCUUUACCUUAUUUAAUUAUGGAUCACCGGUUCGCAAAUCAGUAUAAUGGCCCGUGGUCUUUUAUAACGCUGAAUGGAUAUACAUCACCAUUAUUAAGUGAUGAAAAUCCUGAAACAUAUCCAAUAUUAUAUCCAUCAUUACAUACAGAUAAAAUCUCAGCAGAUUUUAUGCGUCAAGGAAAUACUGAAUUACGUAUAGAACAUUUUGCAUCAAUGGAUAGUAUUCCUGGUUUUAUUGGUCAUCAAUCAGAACGUUUUUCAGCUGAUGGAAACGUACCAUGGAUAGAUAAUAAUUUACGAGAUUUUGAUUUCAUGGGUUUUUCAUAUUCAUUAUUAUCAAAUAUAGCUACAGCUGGCUUAAAUCUUGUUCAUACAUUAUUACCUGCAAGAGAUUUACAAGAAUUUUAUUUUUUACCAAUAGAAUUUAUACAAUUUUGGUCUUAUUGGUUAAAUUGGACAGAUGAACAUAUAGAAGAAAUACGUAAUGGUAUACCAUUUAAUAUUGAACAAGAUUGGUCAUUAAUGAAAUCAAAUGGUCUUGAUGGAUUUUUAUUUUUAUUUAAUACAAAUUAUAAACAAAUAAAUCGAACAAUUUAUUUUGAUGGAAAAUUAAAUUUAAAAAAUCCACAAGAAUCUGGUUAUUGGCUACUGAAAGAAAUUUAUCCACAAGAAAGGUGUAUACAAUUAAUUCAAUAUAAUGAAAUGAAUCAAUUUUUAUUAGAUGGUCAAAGUGUAACUGUUUAUCAAUUAAUAUUUAUGCCAAUAAUUAAUCAACCAAUUCUUAUUGGUAUUAGUGGAAAAGCUUUUUUAGCAAAUGAAACUAUUUUGAUAAUUGAUGGUGUUUAUGGUGAAGCUGGUACACGAACAAAUGAUCCUAUAUUUAUUAUUUUACCAAAUAUUCAAUCAAUAUGGAAUGUAUAUUUAAAUGGAAUAGAAAGACAAUUUAAACAAGAUCGUCAAUUUAUUGUUUUAACUGAACCAAUAUUAUUUCCUGGUUUAUAUUUACCACGUACAACAGAAAUUCUUAAUAAUACAAUAAUAAUUAAUGAUUUAUUAUUAGAACAAUUAACAAAACGUCAAAUGGAAUAUCCUAUACAAUGGACUGAAAAAGAACUUAAUGAUGCUUCAUGGUUAGGACCACAUCGUCUUUUAUUAUUUAUAUGUAUUCAAAAUCCAAAUGAUCAAUGGAAUAUUACUGCACAAAUAAAUAAUAAUUCAAUUAUUGUACAUAAAGGUUAUAAUACACGUGAUCAUAUUGAUAAAGAUCGAUUUAUGGGAUUUUACUUAGAUUUAACAAACAUUGUUAUACAAUCAAAUAAAGAAUAUUAUUUAUCAUUAAAUAUGCCACAAUUUCAUUCAGGAGAAUUUCAAGGAUUAUUUUUAGAAAAUAUUGAAAGAAUUCUUGUUAGACCAUAA